UGAGGCAGCGGGGGUGGGGAUCGGUUCGGGGGAGGCCUGGGGCCGCUCGCUGGUGCGCUGACUCCGCCGCCCCCCCUUUCGCCGCCGCCGCCGCCGCCGCCCCGGGCAUGUCGUCCAACUGCACCAGCACCACGGCGGUGGCGGUGGCGCCGCUCAGCGCCAGCAAAACCAAGACCAAGAAGAAGCAUUUCGUGUGCCAGAAAGUGAAGCUAUUCCGGGCCAGCGAGCCGAUUCUCAGCGUCCUGAUGUGGGGGGUGAACCACACGAUCAAUGAGCUGAGCAAUGUCCCCGUCCCUGUCAUGCUAAUGCCAGAUGACUUCAAAGCUUACAGCAAGAUCAAGGUGGACAAUCAUCUCUUCAAUAAGGAAAACCUCCCCAGCCGCUUCAAGUUCAAGGAAUACUGCCCCAUGGUGUUCCGAAACCUCAGGGAGAGGUUUGGCAUCGAUGACCAGGAUUACCAGAAUUCAGUGACACGCAGUGCGCCCAUCAACAGUGACAGCCAGGGCAGGUGCGGCACACGCUUCCUCACCACCUAUGACCGGCGUUUUGUCAUCAAGACUGUGUCAAGUGAGGAUGUGGCAGAGAUGCACAACAUCCUAAAGAAAUACCACCAGUUCAUAGUGGAGUGUCACGGCAAUACCCUCUUGCCACAGUUCCUGGGCAUGUACCGCCUGACCGUGGACGGUGUGGAAACCUACAUGGUGGUCACCAGGAACGUAUUCAGUCAUCGGCUUACUGUACAUCGCAAAUACGACCUCAAGGGUUCCACCGUUGCCAGAGAAGCCAGUGACAAGGAAAAGGCCAAGGACUUGCCCACGUUCAAAGACAAUGACUUCCUCAAUGAAGGGCAGAAGCUACGUGUGGGAGAAGAGAGUAAAAAGAACUUCCUAGAAAAACUGAAGCGGGAUGUGGAGUUCCUGGCCCAGCUGAAGAUCAUGGACUACAGCCUCCUAGUGGGCAUCCACGACGUAGACCGGGCAGAGCAGGAGGAGAUGGAGGUGGAAGAUCGAGCGGAGGAGGAGGAGUGUGAGAACGAUGGGGUGGGCGGUGGCCUGCUCUGCUCCUACGGCACGCCUCCAGACAGCCCCGGCAACCUCCUGAGCUACCCCCGGUUCUUUGGCCCAGGAGAGUUCGACCCCUCCGUCGACGUCUAUGCCAUGAAAAGCCAUGAGAGUGCCCCUAAGAAGGAGGUCUAUUUCAUGGCCAUCAUUGACAUCCUCACGCCGUAUGACGCUAAGAAGAAAGCUGCACAUGCCGCCAAGACAGUGAAACAUGGGGCAGGGGCUGAGAUCUCCACUGUGAACCCGGAGCAGUACUCAAAACGCUUCAAUGAGUUCAUGUCCAACAUCCUGACGUAGUCGUCUCUACCUUCUGCCAGAGCCAGACUGCUGGACAAGGGGUCGGGGAUCGGGAGAGGGAAAGGGUGUAUUUGGGCUGGAAGGGAGGGCGGGGAGCAGAGUCGGGGCUCAUGAGGGCUUUAGUAAAGGGACUGCAGCCUGUGACCCAAACCAACUCUAGAAAGGAAGAGGAGCUGGCUGUUUGCACACGUGCUCACAGCGUGGCAGCCUUACUUCCCCAGCACCCUGGAUGCGCCCCUUUUGUCCCUGGGUUAAAACAAGGUUUCCUCUUCGGUAUCUUUGUAACCCUUUAUGAUCCCUGGGGGCUGGAGUUGACUUUGUGGUUGAUUUGGGUUUGUUUCUUAAAUUCAUUGCUCCAGGAUCGCUCUUUAUAACGCUGUAUGUCAUCACCCUAGGCACCCUCCCUAUUCCGGUCAGGCUCUCAGUGCCCUUCAAUUAAGGCCAGCACAAGGGACGUGAACAGCACUUGCUCUGACACCAUGAGAGGUCAGACACCUCAGUCAGCGACGUUUUGAUCUCCCCUCGAUGGACUUUUUAUUUCCUGGAGUAUUGUGCAUAAUUCCCUCCAUGUCUCCACCUUGGAUCCAAGUGAAACAUUACAUUGGCUCCUCCAUCCCGUCCUUGCACAGCUGACCCCGACAUCUUGGACCCGAGUCAGAGGCCUCAGAGGGGGGACAUCUCGUCUUCAUGAGAUGGUGAGUGACCAGAAAGCAGCUGGGCCCUCAGAUAGCUGGUUCUCAAAGAACCCAGAGAUCACUACCCAAGCCACCCACGCCUCUGAGUGAAAUUCUGAUGUCCGUCAAGCCUGCCUCCCACUGGCCCGAGGGGAACUACCAAGCACCAUUGCAUAUAUUGGGACCCCUGUGUUUCGGUGGCUGCCUCCCUUUGGGAAAAUCCCAGAAACUAAUAUCUAUCAACCGGGGCCGUGUGCAUCACCCAUAUCCUAACUACUGACCUCUGGGUGCAGUCGCCUGGAGCUGGCAUACGGUUGGUGCAGGAUGCCACUCCAAGCCCCGGCCUCCCCGUGUGGGUGUCUGGCUCCUGUGCCUGUGACUUCUCACCUGGACAGCUUUAGCCAGCAAGGUGCUCCAUCUGAGGUUGCCUGAGUCACCUGAGGAGGUGACCCAGGAAAGCCCAUCUGGAGGCCUGACAUGGGGCUUUGCCUAUCCCCAAGCCUCAGGGCUGACUGACUUUCCUUGUUACUGGCACUCUUUCUGAACUUGGGAUCUGCCCACGGUCCUUCUUGGAAAGAGUGACAUCCUGCAGCCUCCUUCAGGAUUCUGGCCCAGGGCCUCAGAAGGGAGCUACACAAGUCAUUCUGAUGCCACCAGAGCAAGUGGUCGCUGGGAAGAAAAAUGGCCUCGUCGGCCUGCUCUUGGGAGAGGUGCAUUCCCUACCUCUUCCCAGCCCCCUCAGAAGGAAUCAGGAAUUUAGGACGAGAUGGAAAUUUUGUAGAUAACCCCAAAGAUGUGAAGCUGGUUUGUGGAACCGUCUUGGGUGAUUAGAUGAUUUCCAACGCCUGCCCUCCCAAACUGGCCAAGCUCUGCUUGGGGAGCUGGAGUCGCCGCUGUGCUGUGUCCUCCCUACCCAACACUGAAAGGAAGCAAGAUGUCAGCCGUGGGCUUCUCUGAGGCUGCCAAUUGGGUGAGGCAGGUGGGGGCCCACUCCUUCCCAAGAAGAAGGUUCUGGGGAGCAGAGCCACAGGGGUCUUGGGGAAGGUCUCAGAACCACAUGGUUCAUGGAGAAAUGAUUUUAAUGUAGGAGAGGGGUUACGUAGGAAUAAUGUCAGGACUUGAUUUCCCACCUAACAAUCAAGAGUGAAAAAAAUCUGGAUCUGCCCCAGGCUUGGGAGCUGACGCUCCUGGCUAAACCUGUUGUGUGUUUGCAGAACCUAGCAGUCCUACCAGCCGUCUAACCGGGUUAAUGGUGGGGUUUGUCGGGGUUUCCUUUUGUUGUAUAUUGUUUACAAUUUUGAGAGGUAGCUUUCUGUUUCAAGCGCUUUGUUUUCCUGACAGUAUUGUUGAGUGGGUCAAAAUAUUUGAGCUGUGGUUUGGUGGAUUUUAGGUUUUUUGGGUUUUUUGGUUUUUUGUUUUUUUUUUUUAAAGGUCAUUCUCUGCGCUGUCUUCAAAAACCUGGGGUUUGACUCUCUGAUUCCUUUGGCAUUCAUAUAUUUAAAAGCUAUUUAUCCUUGUUUUAUACAAGUUUUCUUUCUCUUUGUGACAAAGAUGUGCUGUUUGGCUUCAAUCUCCACGUGAUUACACCCUCCCCCCAUUCAUCUGUCGCCUCCUUCCUGAGUCCCACCGCUCACUCUGGGCAGCAGGUGUCAAGGGGAAGACAAGACCAUUCACUUGACUCCUCAGGGCCGUGAAGAACAGCCAGACUGUCUUACGGCCGCAGAGUCAUGUUGGGUCUUCCAGAAAUAGACAUUUAAGAAUAGAGUCCCAGACAACUGGGUGAGGUCUGGAUGCAGGAAAGGGGGGGAUUCCGUUACCGGCCCUUCACCCCGCCUCUUACUUACUGUGUUGUAUCCCUCCUGUGGGGAUUGUGGGACUGAGAAAGUAUGUCUCACAUCCAGCUGAUGCAAAGGGUACUACUAUGAGAACUCUGACACCAAGCGAUGGCCUCAGGCCGUGUUCCUAGUCUAAGGUUAUCCCUGUUGGGGGAGGGGGCGUGCAGGGCAGCACGAGGAGUACAGUUCAGUUCCGCUGCAGUGCUAAAUCUCUCCUUAACUAGCUCAGGGGUUACUGGUCUGUGGCUUGCACCAUGAGUGGCCCCCAGGCUGUUCUCAGUGGCACUAUAUUCCCCACCACAGGCAGCUCUUCCUUCCCCUUUCCCCCAUCCUGAAUCACUUUUCUCAGUCCUGGGCUUUAGGCCUAAACAGGUUCCCUGCAGUGCUCAAGGGAGGAGAGACUGGACUCCUGUCAGAGACUUCCCCUUUUCACAAUGUGCCAGGCCUCCCUGGGGAGGUGGACCAAAGACCCAGGACUUUCUCAGUAGUCAGUCCCCCCAGCCCCCCUCUUCCCACUCCCAAUUGUCUUUUUAACAAUUCAGGUUGAGAGAGAAAAACCAUUAGCUGUCUCUAGUGCUUGACCCACUCAAGUAUUUUGGGCAGAAAGGACAGUGUACUGAGAUAGCCCUCAGAGCUCUAGCCUUGUGGUUUCCCAAGUUUAGAGACCUCACCAGCAGUAAUGGGGGUGGGGGUAGGGGGUUUCAAAGGGAAACACAAUUAGACAGCUACCAAAUCUGCCAGCUGUGGUCCCCAUCCUCUGAAAUGUGCCACUAGGAAGAGUGUUGCCAAGGGGGAACGAGACUCAGUUGUCCUUCAGGCUGAGUCACCAGGAAGGAGGCUGAGGAGACACCAGAAGAGCCCAUCCCUUGCCCACAGCCAGUUUGCGAGGUGGGAGCCCAUACAUUUAGGGGGAACCCUCUGCUUAGCACAUCUCAGCAGCAGGUCAGAACAUCACACACACCAAAUGUGAAUGAAAUCUAGAGUCAUCUUUGGGACCGCAGGAUUAAAGUACUACCCACCACAUGUGACUUGUCCAUUUCCGGCUGCAAGUUCCAUUUUUUAAAAUAGGAAUUUUCACCCCUGUGCUUGUCUAAUGUCUGCUCUGAACAGUUUGAGCCUCUGUUACUGUUUUAAAAAUGCAUGCGUGUUAAAAAAGAAUCUCCAAAUGGGAGGACAAAAUAAAACUCAGAAAGCUUUGCGUACA